CCAAGCUUUCCUUCCCAGUGUGCCAUCUCUCGCGCCUCCACGAAUAUGCACGUCGCUUUCGUUUUCGCCCCGCGCUUGCUGAAUCACUCCGUUGGUGCGCAGCAGCACCGCCGUCGUCCCGUAUGUGCAGCAAGUCCGCCGCCCCAGACAGAAGCCCCUCUUCCAACCCCUGUAGCCAUUCCUGUGUACCGCCGCCUCCCACUUAUAGGUUUCUUUAUCGACGUCUUCACGCGUAACCUCAAAGUCCGUGAACUCUCCCCGCGCUAUGGCCCAGUAUACAAGUCUGAUGUGCUGGGCUUCCCUGUCACCAUCAUUUCCGACUUAGACGCCAUCAAAGCCUGCUACAAAGACAGCGAAGUCUUUCGUUCCGGAGGCGCCUUUCCGUUUUCCCUUUCCACCCUGUUUGGCGACAAGGCUCUCUUCAUCCUCGACGGGAAGGAGCACGCCACCAAGCGCAAGCCCGUCAUGCCGGCGUUCUCGCCACAGCUGUUCCCGCUCUAUUUCUCCUCUAUCCAAGAAGACGCGCGAUCGUUCUGGCGCAAAGUGUCACAGCAGGUCGAACGCGACGGCACCUCCAAGCUCCAAAACGCCUUCAAGGAGCACUACCUCGGCAUCAUCAUCCGCCUCACGACGGGUGGCCAGUACGCGUCCUCGGAGGCCAGCGCGGAAGCGCAAUUCCUGCGCGUGCGCGACUUACUUCUCGCUGUCGCGGGCGGCAUGAUCACGUUCCCGUUCGGCCCCGUGUGGUGGAAGGCGCUGCGCGCGCGCGACGAGCUGAUCGAUAUCCUGGGCGGGCUGGUGCGCGACCGGCUCAGCACCCGUAAGGACACGAUUGAAGCGCUGCGCGAGGUCGAUGCGGACCGCAUCGCCGCCAAAGCGCGCGGGGAGCUCCGCGCGGGCUCGCUCGACUUGCUUACGGUGCUCGUCUCGACGACUUCCCUCCCGACAGACGCCGGCGCCGAGCUGGACGAGACGACGCUCCGCGAGCUGUGCGAGCUGGUGCUGCUGCUGUGGUUUGCAGGGUAUUCGACGCAAGCGUCGGCGUCGUCGUGCUGCCUAAUGGAGCUGGGGUUCAACGCGGAUAUACACGGUCGGCUGCGCGACGAGCAGGACGCGAUCGUGCGGGCGCGCGACGGAGACUUAGACAUGACGCUAGAACAAGUGAACAAAGAGAUGCCGCUGCUGGACUCGUACAUCAACGAGAUCCUGCGUCUGUACCCGCCGGCGCCGGUGCUGUUCCGCAAGACAGCGAAGGCAACGACGGUGUGCGGGCACGCGAUCGCGGUGGGGACGAUCGUGGGCUUGGACGCGUGGGGCGGGCAGCGGAACGCGGCGUACUACGCGGAGCCGGAGACGCUGAAAGUGGAGCGGUUCGUGGCAGGGGGUGAGGCGCCGGGUGUGGUGAGCUUCGGCGGGGUCGGCGGGGCGCACUUUUGCUUGGGCGCGGCACUGGGGCGCGUGGGAAUGAAGGCGACGGUCGGGACGAUGGUGCGCGAGUUUGACAUUCGGGUUGACGAGAGACAGGACAGGGAGUAUGUGUCGGUGCCGGAGAUGACGCCCAAGAGUGGGGUGGAGGUGAGGAUGUGUCGGAGGAGGGAGGGGAUAUAG